UGGGCUAAGAAGGGCCGAUGGGAGCGCCUGCGCCUGGCCUCCGCCAGGCCGUCGGCAGACACCUUCGACUUGGGCGGCUUGGCUUUCCACCCCGCCGUCGCGACGGGUCGGCGCCUCAUGCCGUGCGCCACAACGCCGGCACCCACCAACGAGGGCCGGCCCAAACCUCGGGCCACCAGAGGGAAGACGUCCAAGGAUACCGACGCCAGGUGGAGCGACGGCAAGCGCCAAUAUGCCCCGUGGCACUACCAGCUCGAGGCCAUGCUCCAGGACAGCCAGGGCGUCCUGCACCUCCCCACGGCAGAGAUCAAGGAGCAGCUGCACGGCAUCCCCACCGGCUACACGGUUCAGGCGGGGGCCGACGACAGGACUCGCCAUCGUAUGAUAGGCAACGGCUGGCGUUGGGGAGUGGCCGGGCGCAUCCUGGGCUUCGUCGUCCUGGCCGCCUGGGCGGCCCCACUGGCGGAGGCCGGCCGCCUGCCUUCCUCGCCUAGGACUUCUACAUUGCAGUGGCUGACCCAGGCCUGGGCGGGAUGCCCGCCGUCCCCACCAGUCCUCGGCGAGGGACUGGACAUGGGGCAGCACUGGGCCUCGGCGCCGCUUAUGCGGCACUCCUUAGCCAGGCGCCCGGCGUUGGAGCCGGCCCUCUCGGCGGUCAUCGCGGAGCUCCUCGUCCUGGUGGAGGAGCGCGAGGAAGACACCCGGGCCUGGCUCCAGGAACUGCCGGCCCACGUCAGGGCUACAUACACGACCUCGGACCACCCCAGGCCUUUUCAGGGGCCAACCUUCCUGGGCCUGCUCCACGACCUCGGCUACCCCGCGACCGCGGACCUUGAGGAGGACCUGCGCCUGGGCUUUGACAUGCUUGGUCCGGUCCGCCGCGCACCGGGCUGGAAACCGCGGGUCGACGGGCGUUAUUCUAACCCCUCGGGCCUGCAUCGCCUGCGGCAGGAGAAUCCGCCCUACGUGGGGGCCAAGUGUUCCAGGGGGCGCUCCGGCGUCCACACGGCAGCCCUCCUGGAAGAGCUGGUGCAAGAGGCCCGUCUGGGCCGGGUUAUUGGCCCUUGCGCCGCUCCCGACCACUGGUCCGUGGCAACCUCGGCGCUGCCCUGGACGGCUGACGUGCACACAUUGCGCCAGCCGCCGCUGGGCGACUGCUUCGCCGCCCUCUCCUUCGCCAUCUGCCAGGUCGACGAGAACGGGGACCUCAAACUACGCCAGAGCGAGGAUUGGCGGCGGUCGGGCCACAACGCCACCAUGAGCGCCGAGGACGUGCCCACCCGCCACUUCCUGGGCGACAUUGUCGACUUCAUCCAGUCCGCCUGGUGCGAGGGUUGGGACCCGAAGGUUUUCGGCCAUGACCUUCAUUCAGAACGCCUACCGCCAGUGGGCGGUGCGCUGCCCUG